AGGAAACGGUCCGCUGCUCUCUCUCGGGCUGUGCUCAGACCCUAUCUCUUAUCUCACCCGCCCUCGCUCUGUUUACACGCAAAACAGUCCGUUGUUGACUGGAAUACGAUACGAAUAUCCUGCUACUCGGCAGGUUUUCUACACGUGUUCUACUGCUCAGUAUGCCAGAACGCAUGGACUAAUUUAACGAUGAUGGCUUCGUUGCGAAUGGUCGCCAAACUCCGGGCUGGAGUUGUCGGAUGUACUAAACCGUUCAGCUACGCACUCAAUACAACCCGAUCUCCUGUGAGAUUACUGCAUACGAUCCAUCCCAGACAGCCACAGUGGAGGUGUCCUCCCCAAGUGGUCUUCUGCAGUACUGUAGCACCCUCUAGUGAUGUGGUGUUGCAGUAUAAACAUGGACGACCGGUGCUGGCUGUACCGCUACCCUCCAGGCAGGAGAGCUGUCUGUUCUUCCUCAGGCCCAUGUUAAUGACUGUAGGAGACCUCAUCCACGACCUGCAGAGAGAAGACCCAGGAGUCACCUCUGCCUCUGUGCUCACCAAAGAUGGUGCACGGGUAGCUAACAGCACCUCUAUAGACAGUCUCCUGGACAAAGACUUCCAGCUCCUCAUCAAUGAUGCUGUAUACAACAUCCACUCCCCUGAAAGAGGUGAAGCUACUCUUUCCCAAAACAUAGAGGCAUCCAGUGUGUCCAGUGAGCAUGUGGUGGACGUGGAGGACAUGAAGCACAUGGUGCAGCUGCUCCACACGGCCCUCCACCUGCCUGACCACCACCUGGUGAAGGAGAGGCAGCUGCUGGAGAGACUGGAUGGACUCAAACAGGACCUCUCACCUCUGGAACAGGUGAAGGCACAGCUGGCGCGCAGUGCAGAGUUCCACUCCUCCAGGACUCUGUGGACAGGUGUGGCCCUGCUGUCUGUGCAGGGCGGGGCCUUGGCCUGGCUCACCUGGUGGGUGUACUCCUGGGACGUCAUGGAGCCCGUCACCUACUUCCUUACCUACUGCACCAGCAUCGGAGUCUUCUCCUACUAUGUCCUCACCAAGCAGGAUUAUGUGUAUCCAGAUGCCAAAGACAGGCAGUUCCUGUAUUACUUCCACAAGGGUGCCAAGAAGGAGCGCUUCAACGUGCAGAAGUACAAUGAGCUGAGAGAGGAGUUGGCUUCGGUGGAAGAAGAUUUGAGACGUCUAAGGAAUCCAACCCAACUUCAGCUCCCUGUAGAACAGAUCCAGAGCCAGCCAUGAAGAGCAGCCCCACACACACACACACACCGUCAAACUGAAGGACUACUGAGCAGCACCACACACACACCGUCAAACUGAAGGACUACUGAGCAGCACCACACACACACCGUCAAACUGAAGGACUACUGAGCAGCACCACACA